GCUCCCCUGUUUUGGCUUCACUUCUUCUUCGGGACCAAUCUAGACGCCGAAGGACUGGCAGUGCCGCUGGCGCCACCGUGUGGACGAAAAGGGAAAGACAGCCGAACAGGUUCUAGUUGUAAAUGAAGUCCUCUCGUGACGUCAUAAAGCAGCGACUUCCGGGUGAGUCUGCUGGGACUCGCUGAGGUUGAGGCGGGAGGAUGGAUUUCUGCAGGAGGCAUGUAAAGUCGGACUGCGAAGAGCUGCUGAGCCGCUUCAGGCGGACCCAGUCGGUCCGGUUCGAGAUCUUCUCCGGGAUCUGGAGGGACAUGAAGUUCGCCUCCAUCUUUUACGGCACCAUGUUCCACGAGAAGCGUCCCUUCGCCCGCCUUGUUCUGGACAUCGCCAGCUGCUACUUCCUGCCACCGUUCAGCUUCCAGAUCCGAGUGGGAGGGCUUUACCUGCUGCACAGCCUGUAUCACUCCCAGGACACCGUUCCCCCAGAGCAGGUCUGCAGCCUCCCUGCGUGUUACACCUCCUUCCUCUUCUGGCUGCAGAUCCGUUUAGCGCUGAAGGACUGGGAGGAAGUGAAGAAGUUCGAGAGGGAUGCAGUGAACGCUCAGCACUUUGACGUUGUCUUCAUUCUGCACCAGUUGAUGUCCUGCAAAGCCAUCCACUUCACCGCCAUGCCCACCCUGAUCAUGUUCCCUAAGAAGAGGAAGGUGGAGAGGUCGGUGCUGUGUGAGGACUUCGUGGAGCGAGUGGCUCGUCCUCAGGAGCUCAUCAACAUCGACCUGCUGGAGGAACUCUCCAACGUUCACGAGCUGUACGAGAAGAUGAAGAGCUCCGUCACCUCCCAGGCAGAAUCUUCGUCCAUGAACCUGACUCAUAAAGACCUGACGUCUCGGCUCCGCGGCGCCGUUAUAGACUUCCAUAACUGGCAGCAGACCAAAAACGGCGUUGAUGAAGAGGAGGUCUCUGGCGAAGGAACGUCCUCGCAGUUGGAGUCGUCCAAAAGAGCAGAACUCCUCGCCUCCAUCAAGUCGAAGGCAUUUGGAGAAGCAGCAGAGAUGUGUAAGUCGCGGCGUCAUCGUCAGGUGGAGGUGGAUCACCCCGUCAGCGAGGAGGAGUCGCCCCACCCGUCGGGCCGCUCCAGGAUAAGCAAGCCGUCGCUUAGAGCCAGAACCGCCGAGAACAUCCACAUCUCAGGUGAGGUGUGGAAAGAAGCGCUGAGCCGGACGACCACCAGCAGCCUGUCCACGCUGGAGUCCACGGCUGAAGAAAAACCAAAGAAGAUCAAGAGAUUCAAGUGGAGAUGAAGACGAAGGCGGAUUUUACCGGCAUUUUUUGUGACCUUUUGCAGUUUUUCAAGGAAAAAAUUCAGCUGUUCUUAUUCUGGACUGCAGGUUUUAUCAGUCAGCUGCCUAUGAGGUGGUUUCUUAAACUCAAAACCAGAAGUUAAUGUUCUCAUUCAUGCUUUAAAUAUUACUGAAGCGCAAACCGUUUGUUCGUAAAACUUGUUCCACUGUAUUUCUUUUUUGCUGAGCAGAACUGAAGCUUUUACAGUGUUGAUCUCUUGUUUUUAACAGAGUUUUGUCAAUUUCCUUUUGGUAUUUUCUAUGUAAGUGUUGAGCUGUUCUUUAUCAUCCCUUUAAGGAGCCUUCAAACACCGAAGCUUUCCAAACCUUCAGGAUUAAAGGUUCUGCUCCAUAAAAACCUUCAGGUUUGAGCUGAAAA